UGGGGAUUUGGGGGUGAAACUGGACAGAAACUGGCGUGCUAGGCAAACGGGAGCCGCUGACUCGCUCUCUGCAGAGACUCAGGGACAGGGCCGGGCUCCGAAGGUGUGGGACCCCUGAAGGAGCUGCUGAAGGCGGGACCAAGGGCCACAGGGAGGUUUGCUGGAGUCCAGAUGGUGAAAGUGCGCUCUGGGGGUCGCCCCAGCUUGGCCCUCCCCCCGCCAUCUGGAGCACCCUUCGCCAGUGAGUGCCCUCCGAGUUCCCUUUCUAGGGCAAGAUAGCGAGGUGAAGCCGAAGUCACAACGUUUCACCGGCGAGGUUCUCUUCCCAGCAGCCUUUGGGAAGCAUCCCCCUGUUUCAGGAAUGUGGCAUUCGGGCCAGGAGGCCGUCUCAGGAUUAGAUUGCUAAAGGCCGAACUCCUAACAGCAGUCUCUGUGGCGGGUAGUCACUUGCCUCUUACUGGCUCACUGUACUUGACUUCCUAAUUAAGUUUUCUGUUGUUCCUGCCUUCUAUCCAAAUAUGAAAGAUUCUGGAACCAGAUUCGUUAAUCCUGUUAUUUGAAGAAGGGAAGCUGGGAAAUAGGAAUAAUGAUCCCCACACCUAUAUAAGAAAGCAGUUUGCUAAGGUUACUUUGCAGCUUGCCUGGUCACUCCCGUGAUCUAACCCUGUAGGGAGGUAGAGUAGGGGAUGUUGCUCUAUUUCUCCUUGGAAGUUUGAGGCUCAAAGAGGUUUAUGCGACUUGGCAAAGCCAAAACUAGAACCUGGUCCCAGAUGCCUUUCCUGUUUGUUUCCUUCCACUCAUCGCAUCAUCCCAGGAUCCCCACUCCCUUCACUGGGAUUGCAUCCUCGCCGCCUGGGGUGUGCUACGCUGUCUCCGGUCAGUCACUCCUAGCAAGCUCCCUGGGGCUGCUUGGGGAGCUCUGAGUGACCCACAGAAGUGAGAGCACUUCAUAGGAACAAAGGAGGAAGGAACAAAAGUGGGCACCUGCUCUGUACAAAGGGCUGUACUGGCCGGGUUCCCAUUCUCGAUUAUGGGAGAUGAGGGGCAGGAUCCCGGAUAUGUUCUUAGCAGACUGCCUCAGGGCCUGGAGAGACCAGGGACCACGCAGCCCUUCUCCAGCUUGUCCUUUCCAAACGAGCAGCAGUCAGGACCAGGGCAUCCGUCUGCCCUCAUGUUCUCUCUGUUUUAAGCAUUUGCAGGACCAGGGAUGCCGUGCUGCUCUCCCAUGAACCAGUCCCCGAGUCUGUCUGCUGCAGCCCUUUCUGAACCUCUGACUGUCUGGAUGCUCCACUGUGCUCCUUGCCAAGAUGAAGUGUGUCUUGGUGGCCACUGAGGGUGCAGAGGUCCUCUUCUACUGGACAGAUGAGGAGUUUGAAGAGAGUCUCCGGCUGAAGUUCGGGCAGUCAGAGAAUGAGGAAGAAGAGCUCCCUGCCCUGGAGGACCAGCUCAGCACCCUCCUAGCCCCGGUCAUCAUCUCCUCCAUGACGAUGCUGGAGAAGCUCUCGGACACCUACACCUGCUUCUCCACAGAAAACGGCAACUCCCUGUAUGUCCUUCACCUGUUUGGAGAAUGCCUGUUCAUUGCCAUCAAUGGCGACCACACUGAGAGUGAGGGCGACCUGCGGCGGAAGCUAUACGUGCUCAAGUACCUGUUCGAAGUGCACUUCGGGCUGGUGACUGUGGACGGUCAGCUUAUCCGAAAGGAGCUGCGGCCCCCAGACCUGGGGCAGCGUGUCCAGCUGUGGGAGUACUUCCAGAGCCUGCUGUGGACCUACAGCCGCCUGCGGGAGCAGGAGCAGUGCUUCGCCGUGGAGGCCCUGGAGCGGCUGAUUCAUCCCCAGCUCUGUGAGCUGUGCAUAGAGGCACUGGAGCGGCACGUCAUCCAGGAUGUCAACACCAGCCCAGAGCGGGGCGGCGAGGAGGCCCUGCAUGCCUUCCUGCUCGUGCAUUCCAAGCUGCUGGCAUUCUACUCUAGCCACAGUGCCAGCUCCCUGCGCCCGGCCGACCUGCUCGUCCUCAUCCUCCUGGUUCAGGACCUCUACCCCAGCGAGAGCACAGUGGAGGAUGACACUCAGCCUUCCCCACGGAGGGCCCGGAGCAGCCAGAACAUCCCCGUGCAGCAGGUGUGGAGCCCUCACUCCACAGGCCCAGCCAGGGGGAGCUCUGCAGAGACGGAGACAGACAGCUUCUCCCUCCCUGAGGAGUACUUCACACCAGCUCCUUCCCCCGGUGAUCAGAGUUCAGGUAGCACCAUCUGGCUGGAGGGGGGCACCCCACCCAUGGAAGCCCUUCAGAUAGCGGAGGACACCCUCCAAACGCUGGUUCCCCACUGCCCUGCGCCUUCCAGCCCUAGAAGGAUCUUCCUGGAUGCCAACGUGAAGGAAAGCUACUGCCCCCUAGUGCCCCACACCAUGUACUGCCUGCCCCUGUGGCCGGGCAUCAACCUGGUGCUCCUGACCAGGAGCCCCAGCGCGCCCCUGGCCCUGGUCCUGUCCCAGCUGAUGGAUGGCUUCGCCAUGCUGGAGAAGAAGCUAAAGGAAGGGCCGGAGGCCGGGGCCUCCCUGCGCUCCCAGCCCCUUGUGGGAGACCUGCGCCAGAGGAUGGACAAGUUUGUCAAGAAUCGAGGGGCACAGGAGAUUCAGAGCACCUGGCUGGAGUUUAAGGCCAAGGCUUUCUCCAAAAGUGAGCCUGGAUCCUCCUCCGAGCUGCUCCAGGCAUGUGGGAAGCUGAAGCGGCAGCUCUGUGCCAUCUACCGGCUGAACUUCCUGACCACAGCCCCCAACAGGGGAGGCCCACACCUGCCUCAGCACCUGCAGGACCAAGUGCAGAGGCUCAUGCGGGAGAAGCUGAUGGACUGGAAGGACUUCUUGCUGGUGAAGAGCAGGAGGAACAUCACCAUGGUGUCCUACCUAGAAGACUUCCCAGGCUUGGUGCAUUUCAUCUACGUGGACCGCACCACCGGGCAGAUGGUGGCGCCUUCCCUCAACUGCAGUGAAAAGACCUCGUCGGAGUUGGGCAAGGGGCCGCUGGCUGCCUUUGUCAAAACCAAGGUCUGGUCUCUGAUCCAGCUGGCGCGCAGGUACCUGCAGAAGGGCUACACCACACUGCUGUUCCAGGAGGGGGAUUUCUACUGCUCCUACUUCCUGUGGUUCGAGAAUGACAUGGGGUACAAACUCCAGAUGAUCGAGGUGCCCGUCCUCUCCGAUGACUUGGUGCCUAUUGGCAUGCUGGGAGGAGACUACUACAGGAAGCUCCUGCGCUACUACAGCAAGAACCGCCCGGCCGAGGCUGUCAGGUGCUACGAGCUGCUGGCCCUGCACCUGUCUGUCAUCCCCACUGACCUGCUGGUGCAGCAGGCCGGCCAGCUGGCCCGGCGCCUCUGGGAGGCCUCCCGUAUCCCCCUGCUCUAGGCCAAGGUGGCUGCAGUCUGCCUUUGCACCCCGUCCUCCAGCUGCUCUUGCUUGCCACUGUUCCCCAUGGCAAGAGCCUGCAGUGGCCAUCCUGAGGAUGGGGCAGAGUGCCCAGGGUGGCCCCAGGGUUUCUAAAACCCCACCUAGACCACCCUCCAUGUGGGGUACUGUGCAAGGCCCCAGAUCCUUCUCUCCUCCCAGGGGCCCAGUUUGUCUUUGUAAAACAAAAGUGGCAGCAGCUCCUCUUCUAGAGCUGCCUCUGCCUUUAUCCUGGGAGAUGGGGAGGAAGCCCCAUCUCUGCUGUUCCCUGAGUGGAGGAAGCCCACCCGGCAAGCUCUCUCCUACCCCAGGUAAAAGAUGCUCCUUUGCCUGGGUUUGAAUUCCAGCCCUGCCACUUCCUCUCUGCAUCUCCUGGAAAGUUUCUUCUAUUCCCUACAUUUAAAGCGAUGGCACCUCCGUCCUAGGGUGGUGUGAGGAUUACCCGAUGCGGUAGGUGCUCAAUAAAUAUUGGUCAUUGUUAUCACUGAAGCUCAACACGCUUGUGCUUCUAGACCCUUCUGUUGUGCAGAUAAGCCCUUGCUAAGUCCCAGCCCCUUCACGCUCAGCUGGCGUCUGCCCUGGGGCUAGGGUUCUCAAGCCCCUGGCCCUGGCCCAGAGAUACGGAUUCGCUUGGCGGCCUUGGAGCCCAGGCUUUGAUGUCUUUCAAAGCUUCCGUGGUGCGCCCUGGAUUAAGAACCACCACCCAAGGAGUACAGCCCCUCUCUUCCAACCGAGAAGUUCCUGUCCCAGAAUGGACCCAAGGACAAGAGAUCCUGAGAGCCCUGGAACUGGGAGCAUCUGCUCCUCUGAGGCCAGGAGGCUGGUGCUGGGCCAGAGAGGGCGGCGUGGCAGAAAUCAGCGUCUACCGCAGCACAGGAACAGAUGGCCCUGUGCUGUGCAUGCGGGAGCCGCGCCUUCUGUGUCUUCAGUCUUGAGCCAAAAUUCGCACAGACUGGUCUCUCCCUUGCAGGGGACAGCUUUGGGGAGGCGUUGGGGGAGCUCGAACCCACACGUUGGUCUAAACCCGGAGAAGGAGGCAGUGAGGCAGUGUCCCCUCAGGUGACUGGAUCUGUGUUCCUCCUUAUCAUCAUCUGAUGAAAUGGCAAUGAAAAGCAUGGAUUGUGGAAAAUACAGAAAAGCAUAAAGGAAAAAACUCCAAUCCUCUGAGCCCACCAGUGUUCAGGACACCUGCUUUUGUCACCUACUAUUUCCCUUUAGUUUUUAGCAGUGGCUAGAUGUGAUAUGUCUAGUUUAACCAGUCCCCUUGAUCUUUCUAUAUAAUAAAUAACACAGGGGUG